GUUAUAUACCCUCAUCUCGAUCAUGCCAACCGACAACGCUCCGUGAGGCUACGUCCGGCACGCGCGCUGUCUGUAUGGACGGAUACAAGGUGGUAUUGCACUCCCACCGCUGCGUUUACAGCCUAGUACGUCGCAAACUCCGCUCUCAGUGUCCGUUUUAUAGGUCUGCCGCCCAUGAUAACUUCAAUAUCUGCCCGGCGACUGUGGGGGCACACUACAUCCAUAGACACAAUCGAAAGACCGAUCGUGCACGUACCUCCACGCGAGAGCAUUCGCCGCGCGGUGCAAAAUUGGACGAGGAGGGCGACCGAUACAACGUGUCGGCCAGCGCCGGCCAGAUGUCUUCGCACCGCCCGCGCCCCGCAACGCCCACUCGCCCAAUGCUCAGGGGAGCGUCUGCACACCCGAGGCAACGACGUCAGUGAUCGCACAAAGUGGCCGCGGACGUCCUCCACCCGCCAGGCCUGUGCAUCGACGGAGACCGCCGGUGACCGGCUAUCCUCCGCACAAGUCCCUUGCGCUCGUUGUCGCUGCCCACGCGGUGCAUAACGACGUGUGACACACGUCUCUCGCUUCAGGUGAUGUGGCGCAAGAAACUCGUAUAUUUUCCGACAGAAGGACGAUGUACCGCUAAUACAACAGUCUACAAGCACAUACAACAUCACCUGACC